GACUCUAUCGGGCUGUUGGGUCGCGAGGCCGCUUCCCAUCGCUAGUCGAAAUCCCGCUAAUCCGCUGGCCGAUUUUCGGGCCCAAACAGGCGGAAAAUCGGCCAUCCGACCAUUUCCCAAAUCGACAUUUACAAGUGGCGACCAUUUUGUUGUUUGUCAUGUGAGAUGGCGCAGACUGUAAUUUUCUACGUGUGCGGCAGCCACCUGAACGGUUCGAGUGACUCUCAAUAGCAUUUUGAACAUCAGCGGCCGCGAAUCAAGAACUCGAUUCGAAAUUAUCGGUUUUGGUGAUUGCGUGUUUGGUGUUUGGUGCCGCUCCAAGAACAGACCAUGGAGGCCAGUGAGGAACUGGAGAACUCGCCCAGUGCCAUCAAGCCUGAACCCGCUGCGCCCCUUGCAGCUGAAGAGGAAGUGAAAAUAGAGCCACCAGAGCCGGCCCUUCUGGCGCAAGACGCCGGCCAGCAGACGCCACCGUCGGUGAUUAAGCGCCACGUCCUGACGACGGCCGGAAAGAUCGAAACGACGGACGACCAGCUGGAGGUGCAAACCGAAGAGAUCGUGAACACCUCCGAGCUGAGUCCGGCGACGGAAAAGGGUUGCGUGCAGCAGGAGGUGGUGUCCUACGAGGUGAUCAGCCAGGAGGCGGCGGGCGGUUCUGAGCACUUUAUCGACGCCAAACACUUCACGGUCACCACUGAGGGCGUCAAUGAAGCCUUCCAGUUCUCGCAGGGCGACGCCCAGCAAUCGCCCGUCUUCACGCUGGAGAUCCGCGAUGGUCCUUCAGUUCCCGUAACGAUCGACAACAGCGCCAUUGACCCAUCGGCCGAUUACGCCAACCUGGAAACUGCCCAGUACCCGAACAAUGGCCAGUACCCGCCCGAUGGCACUCAGUACCUGCAGCAGCACCAGUACAGCACCAUGCAGUUCCAGAUCGAUCGCAACAAUGGGGAGAGCCCCCCGAUCAACAUCAGCAACAACAACGUGCUGGUGCGCAACAACGACCCCACGCUGGCCUCGACCCGGUACCAGGACAUCCGCUACGCAAACAACUACGAGCAGCAGCUGAAUCAGAUCACGCUGACCGCCUCCCAACCAGGGUCGUCCUUUCAAAUCAGCACUGUGCCCCCUACGACCAGUGGGGCGGAGUCGUGGCCGCCCCCGAACGCCAUCCCCUACCAGGGCUAUCCGGGCGGCAAUGUGAGCGUCCAUCAGGCGGACAGCAGCACCCAACAGUACUUCAUGAACAACACUUGGACGGGGGAGGCCCUGGAAGAUGGCGGCCCCGUUUCGGGCGCGCAGCGGCCAUCCUCAGAGACCAGCAACCGAAGAAACGGGGUGACGUGCGCCAACUGCAAAACGACCAACACCACACUGUGGAGGCGAAACAAUCAAGGGGAGCCUGUUUGCAAUGCCUGCGGAUUGUACUUUAAGCUGCAUUCGAUAAUCAGACCAUAUACUUCAACAGCAUGCAAACAGAGGCGGACUUAUCCGAACAAUAUCAAUUGCCUCACACCAUCAGCACGAGCGUUCCAUACCAGCAGCCUCAGUACCAUCGACAAAUCCAGGCUAGUGACCAUUUGAACCGGCAACUGGCCAACGUCAACCCUUUGCAGCCUACUUUGACAACUGACUCGGACCACGCCCGAGUAUUUGGCACUUCUUCGCCUCAACUAACUUACCAUGUGGAGGAGCACUCCGAAGAGACUGAGCUGCACUAGCCCUACUUUACUAUCCCUAAGCCUGUUUAUUUUAUAUUUUUAUACGUUACGACUUUUAUAUGAAAUUAUUAUUUAUUUUGUUCGUUCGUCAGCCGAAACGUUCUUACCACCAAAGGGCAAGCGGACGAAAUUACACUACUUAUGCACUAUUCAUUCAUUCCCUGAACUGUUGUACAUAAAAAAGGGCUGUAAAUUUGCCGAGAUAUUAGAUCUAGCCUUAGCUGAUUAGUUCUGUACAAAUAUGCCAAAGGUUACAAUUUAAGGACGGUGUGAACUAGUAUUUAUUUAUUAAAUUUGUUUAUAUUAGCACGUUUGCACAUCAGCUUUUUGUAAAACCAAAGCCUCUAUGUUUAAGUCUACAUUUGCCAUUUCGUUUGUUAACAGGCGGAAACGAUCAGAGUUUGUAUAUUUAUAUAAGUUGUGGAACAAUCGAAUUUUAUUAUUAUUUGUCAUUAAUAAACCGUUUUAAUCCGC